AUGACAACAACGAAACAAGUUCUUCCACUGAUAGUGCAAAUCCCUCAAUCGAUCGUUGGGUUCUUGGGAUCUUCUUCAUCUCUUUGGUCUUCUUCGUUAUCGAAGACGGCGCAAGCCCAUGCUCGUAUACUCAAAUCCGGAGCUCAAAACGAUGGCUAUAUAUCCGCCAAACUCAUUGCUUCAUACUCCAACUACAAUUGCUUCGACGAUGCUGAUCUCGUCUUACAAUCGAUUCCGGAUCCUAGUGUUUACUCUUUCUCUUCUCUUAUAUACGCUUUAACCAAAUCCAAGCUUUUCUCUCAAUCCAUUGGAGUGUUUUCUCGGAUGUUCUCUCAUGGGUUGAUUCCGGAUACUCAUGUUCUUCCGAAUCUGUUCAAGGUUUGUGCUGAGUUAUCUGCUUUUAAUCUGGGUAAGCAGAUACAUUGUGUAUCGUGUGUUUCUGGGUUGGAUAUGGAUGCGUUUGUUCAGGGGUCUUUGUUUCAUAUGUACAUGAGGUGUGGUAGGAUGGGUGAUGCACGCAAAGUGUUCGACAGAAUGUCUGGGAGAGAUGUUGUGACUUGCAGUGCUUUGCUUUGUGGCUAUGCGCGAAAGGGUUGCUUAGAGGAGGUGGUUCGUAUCUUCUCUGAGAUGGAAAAAUCAGGUAUUGAGCCUAAUAUUGUGUCUUGGAAUGGUGUUCUUAGUGGGUUUAAUCGUAGUGGGUAUCAUAGGGAAGCAGUGAUAAUGUUCCAGAAGAUGCAUCAUAUGGGUUUUUGUCCAGAUCAGGUUACGGUUUCAAGUGUUCUUCCUUCAAUUGGAGACUCUGAGAUGCUGAAUUUGGGGAAGCUGAUUCAUGGAUAUGUGAUUAAACAGGGUCUACUCAAGGAUAAAUGUGUCAUCAGUGCAAUGAUUGAUAUGUAUGGCAAGUCUGGCAAUGUCUAUGGAAUCAUAAAACUUUUCGAUGAAGUUGAGAUGAUUGAGACUGGGGUUUGCAAUGCGUACAUUACAGGGCUAUCUCGAAAUGGUCUUGUUGACAAGGCACUUGAGAUGUUUGAGCUGUUCAAGGAACAAAAGAUGGAUCUUAAUGUCGUGUCAUGGACUUCAAUCAUAGCUGGGUGUGCACAGAACGGGAAAGAUAUCGAAGCCUUGGAACUGUUUAGGGAAAUGCAGGUUGCAGGGGUGAAGCCAAACCGUGUAACAAUCCCUUCGAUGCUUCCAGCUUGCGGAAAUAUAGCAGCUUUGGGUCAUGGGAGAUCUACUCAUGGAUUUGCAGUUAGGGUUCACCUUUCGGAUGAUGUUCAUGUAGGGAGUGCUCUGAUUGACAUGUAUGCUAAGUGUGGAAGAAUCAACAUGUCUCAGAUUGUCUUCAAUAUGAUGCCUACAAAAAACUUAGUUUGCUGGAAUUCUUUAUUGAAUGGAUAUUCUAUGCACGGGAAGGCCAAAGAAGUCAUGAGCAUAUUUGAAUCUCUUGUGAGAACUAGGUUAAAACCUGAUUUCAUCAGCUUUACAAGUUUAUUAUCAUCAUGUGGCCAAGUAGGUUUAACAGAUGAAGGAUGGAAAUAUUUCAGCAUGAUGUCAGAGGAAUAUGGGAUUAAACCAAGGUUGGAACAUUAUUCUUGCAUGGUAAACCUUCUUGGACGUGCAGGCAAGUUGCAAGAAGCGUAUGAUUUGAUAAAGGAGAUGCCUUUUGAGCCAGACUCUUGCGUGUGGGGAGCUUUGCUAAAUUCUUGCAGGCUUCAAAACAAUGUAGAUUUAGCUGAAAUUGCAGCAGACAAGCUUUUCAAUCUAGAACCUGAAAACCCAGGGACUUACGUUCUUUUGUCCAAUAUAUAUGCGGCUAAAGGCAUGUGGACAGAAGUAGACAGUAUUAGAAACAAGAUGGAGAGUCAGGGACUGAAGAAGAACCCGGGAUGCAGCUGGAUUCAAGUAAAGAACAAAGUGUACACGCUUCUAGCUGGUGACAAAUCCCAUCCGCAGAUAGAUCAAAUAACAGAGAAGAUGGAUGAAAUUUGCGAAGAGAUGAGGAAAUCGGGUCACCGCCCAAAUUUGGAUUUUGCUCUGCAAGAUGUGGAGGAGCAAGAGCAAGAGCAGAUGUUAUGGGGACACAGCGAGAAACUAGCAGUAGUUUUCGGUCUUCUGAACACACCGGACGGUACGCCUCUUCAGGUCAUAAAGAACCUUAGGAUAUGCGGCGACUGUCAUUCAGUCAUAAAAUUUAUAUCGAGUUACGCAGGUAGAGAAAUUUUCGUUAGAGAUACAAAUAGGUUUCAUCAUUUUAAAGACGGAUCUUGUUCUUGUGGAGAUUUCUGGUGAUACUAAAAGAAACAUGUCUCCUAUUCUUUUAUCUACACAAGUGUUUCAGUUUGUUUUAAAAAGCUCAUCAUGGUAGUGCAUAAAGGUUGGAGAAAUCUGGUUCAUAAUGUUUAUACAUGAGAUAGUUUACUUGGUUGUAUCAA